UCUUGCAACAGUCACAUAUUUGAAGAUCUUAUGGGUUUUAAGGUGUAUGAGUCCCCUUAUAUGAGUAUCAACAUACUGAUUUAUUUAACGAACAUCAUCAUAUAAUAUCCAUCAAAUGAAAAGGAAAAAUUAAAAUGUACAUUGCUGUCACUCAACCCAUAAAGUAUUCCAAGCAUCGUAACAACAAGAGAGUAUUCUUGACUAUUGCCAUCGUGUGGUUUGUGUCUGCCGCCAUCGGGUCCCCUAUUGUUCUUGGCCUCAAUACAUCUCCUGAGAGAAUACCUCAACUCUGCGUGUUUUAUAAUUCGGAUUUCAUCAUAUAUUCAUCAUUGAGCUCAUUCUACAUACCAUGCUUGGUUAUGGUGUUUCUCUACUACAAGAUAUUUAAGGCAAUCCAUGAGCGUGCCAAAAAGCAAAAGAAAAGAGCUAAUGCUGGUAAUCGUCUUGGCAGUAGCUCGGCGUCAGAGAAGCCUAAUCACAGAUUAAAAUUAACGGCCGAAAAGGAAUUUGGAUCCCAGCUUCAGGUGGUUUUAGAAACGGAUGCUGGCACAACGAAUACUGGAAGCUAUAGCCACCAAGACGAAGAUCUAGAUGAAGACGACGACGAAGAUGUAAAGGCUGUGGCCAACGGCGACGACCCUCAAGCCCUGGUCGUUUCUAAAGGUUCCACAACAGUUGUCAUGAAACUUACCACACACAGUGUUCCAUUGAAUGGAACAAAUGACUCCGGUUAUGACGGAGGCUCUCAGCAAGAGACUCAGUUCUGUGGAGAGGCAAAAAUAGAAUCUGCUGUGAUUCAAGAAAUCAUUGAUCCGAGUAAAAGCACCAAGGAAACUCCACCGAAACGAAAUGGAAUCUUAGUGAAGACAUCUAAGACAAAACACAGCCUUGGAGAAGUGGUGGUAGAGAGGAAAAAGAAGUCUAGGUUCAAUUUAGGGAAAAGACAUAAAAGUAGCAGCAAAAAGAGGGAAAAAGCAUCUGCCAAAAGAGAACGUAAGGCGACUAAAACACUGGCAAUAGUCUUAGGUAUGUUCUUGAUGUGCUGGGUCCCUUUUUUCACUUGCAACAUUUUAGACGCUAUAUGCAUUAAGCUGGAAAGCGACACCUGGCGGCCAGGAAUGACUGUUUUCCUUCUGACCACGUGGCUUGGUUACAUCAACAGCUGCGUGAAUCCAGUCAUAUAUACAAUUUUCAAUAUGGAAUUUAGAAAAGCAUUUAAAAAACUCUUGCAAGAUAUGUGCACUUGCAGCUUUGGAAGCGUAAAAUGAGGUGGAAAAAUGACAGCAUGUUUCUGUUUUCAGUGACAAAUGUGUUAACACUAAUAAAGUGUGUUUCUUUGUUAAAUAAAUAAUUUAAAUAAAGCUUUAUUGAAAUGACAUUUCGUCAACGUAGCAAAAGAGAAUGUAUAAAACUGAUGAUAAAACUUCAAGUUUUGACUUUAUUGUUCUGUCCUAAAAUAUAUUAUUUUAAAAUAAAUUAUCAAUAUAAUUGUUAAUAAGCAACGUUUAUUGUGCGAUUCCUCCUAUUUUGAUUCAUUUAUCUAGACGGAUCUGUACAUCUAAAGAAGCAAUCUUUCAGUGUUGAAGACAUUUAUACCACUUCGAAAUUUCAAUAAGCUUUUCUAAUGUAACUGUUAUUACACGCAAAUGUUUAAGACAGUUAUAUGCUUUAAUGAAACAUGAAAGAAAUUUUUCAGUGUUAAAUUUAUACAUGAAUAGCAUGGUAAAGUAAUUUUAAUAUAAAAAUGAUAUGUGUUCUUAUCCAAAAUUAACACAGCAAAUGACUUAAUUCUUGACGAAAAUUUGUUAUGAAAUAUUUGUAAAUAAUAUUAAAUUAUUUCUGUAGAGCAAUAUUUUACCGACAAUCUGCCAUGUUUGGGGGGAAAGGUAAUACAAUUUAGUCUUUAUAUAGAUGCUUCUCGUGCACGAUAAAUAUUCCUAAUUUGUGUUUCUUUGUUAAUAGAUAAUAUUAACAAUGAGGUUACAAAGUUCGUAUUGUAACUGGAAAGUAGAAAUAAAGUCCUGCAGAACCCGCUAGACGAGACAGCGAGUUAUCGCUAUUUCUCAAACACUCACAAAGUCAUGAAGAAAGAUUAAAUUAAUCUUGUCUUUAUUUAGUCUAAAUUCAAGCUGAAGGCAAAACUCGGGCUACAGACAAAGACACAACAACUGGCUAUAUAAAUUAAGAUAUUACAUAUAACUGGUCAUAAUACUGAGAAAAUACACCUGGACAUAUAAAUUAAACACGAUAAACCUUCCUACAUGUGAUUUUUUUUUUUUUGUUAAUAGAUAGCAUUAACAAUGAGGUUAAAAAGUUCGUAUUGUAACUGGAAGCUAGAAAUAAAGUCCUGCAGAACUUGUUAGCAUUUCUCAAACACUCACAAAGUACCAGAGAAAGAUUAAUUUAAAUCUUUUCUUUAUUUAGUCUAAAUUCAAGCUGAAGGCAAAACUCGGGCUACAGACAAAGACACAACAACUGGCUAUAUAAAUUAAGUCAUAAAAGACAAUUAAAUUCAAACACUGAGAAAGAUUACAUAUUCAAUACAAUAAGCUUCCUCAGUUAUUUUACCUGCACGUAUUUAAAACAUCGGCUAGCGAAACGGCUAAAGCCGAAAUAUCAGAUUUCAGGCAGAACUGACAAAAGUACACUAACAGCAAACGCGAUUGCUAGAAGCUUUCUGAACUAAAUACUCUGAACCCUCAUCUUAAAUACGCUAACGCUAAUUUACAUUCUGAAAAGGAACAAAGAAAGACGAAGUUACCGUAAAGAUCAAAAUCGUAAUAAUAGUUUGAUUAACAUAAUAUACCUGACAAAGUUAUGUUAAUUAACAUAUUAACAAUAAAUUAUCAAUUAGUAGUUAAUAUUAGCGACGAGAAACAUAUUAGGAAUGUUUAUAAUGCAAUAGAGCUUGCAGAUACGCUGACAUCAAAUUACACUUUCACAUGAACGCAAAAAACUUGAGAUUUAUCUGCUUCUUCUUAUGAUAAAAUCUUAUUAGCGAAUAAUUUAAUUAGCAUCAGACACAUUUAUCCGUGCAUGUAUACUUGAAAUAUAUCUAUAAUUAAUCUGAUAGAGGAAACACUUUCUCUUUUUCCUAGCAACCAAAAAAAAAAUAUUAAAAUUCCACCUGGCCAAAUAUGAAUCCGGAGUAAAUGCUUUUGUGUCUGCUUUCUUUAGCUAUUCUGCUGCCGAAAAUAUCUGAUUGGAAAAAUUUUACUUAUUAAGUGUUUCAGUAAAAUAACCUACUCAUCAGUAUACCGUGUACAUUAAUAGGAAUACAAGAAUACGUGAUACCUAUCUGACCUUGUUAAGUUUGUAAAGCAAUGAUUUUUAUAAUGGUAUUAUAUAUAUAAUUUUAACAUAAAACACCUGACAAUUUUCAAGGAGAAUAUUAUGUAAAAUUUGGGGUAUUGUUCUGAAGAUGAGAGGCUAUAUAGCCCUUUCUAACAGCUUCAUAUUGAAGGUCAGUAUUCAUUAAGGCUAUUAUGUGAUUCAAAACCAUUAUUUAACAACUGUCAAAUAAGAAUGAAUCUUCAAAUAAAUACAUGUUUAAAUGUUUUACGCAUAGCUGAGUUAUCUGCACUCAGUUUCAAAUGCAAAUGUAUCUUGAUAUGUAUACCUGAGAAAUGUUGCAUAUAAUGUUGAAUAAGCAGUUUAAAAAAAGCUCAUGUUUUAGAUAAAAUGUUAAUAAAUGUUUCCAUGUAAUGUACAUUGAUGUUACUGUUAAACAUUUUAUAUAAAGUAUACGUGAUUUAUAUAUAAUCAGAAGCUCAAAGGCAUCUUUCGAUUAACAAAUGGGAUUAUAUUCAUGUUGAUACCUGUAAAUGUGUGUAGAUAUUCAUGAGUGUACUUACAAAAGUAUUACGUAUUUAAGAAAUAAAGUGUUUGGUUUUAGUGUAAGGCUUCUUUGGAAUUUUAUUUUAAAGGGCUUGACUGCUUGAAAGUUUAUAUAAACAAUUUAGUCAUAUGUAAAUAACUUAGAAAAAUAUUACAAAGGAAAUCGAAAUGAAGGUUAUUCAAAUUGUUUUUUAUAACCAUACAAAUUCAAAAUACAAAUGCGAAGCAAAAUACUGGAUUGUGAUUUUGGAUACUGAGUACUGAAAUGUGCUACAACAUUCACAUAUUGUUUGACGGGAAUAAUGAAGAUUUGUCAACAUAUCAUCUAUUAUGAAUUUGAUUGAUCCAACCACUCAGUUCAGUUUAAAAUUGUAUCUCAUAAUUCUCGUCCUUUCAUUGCUAUUCUAACUAAGCUAAUAAAUAAACUUAUUCUAAUGAAUAUAAUAAAUUAUAUUCAUUAGAAUUCGAUUCUAAUGAAUAUGAUUUAAAAAGAGUUUUACCUUAAAUAUUUUCUGUUUCUUUGUUUUCCCAUGCUAAAUAGUAUCAACCUGUAUAUAUUUUUUCUAUACUCUUACGAACAUUCAGCUUUGAAGGUUUCUUCAAAAUAUUUUCUUUCUCCUGAAUGCAGCUAUAUGAAUUCAAUUUUGAUGAUUUUUUAGAUGAUUUUCUGUCACAGUCAUUGAUAACUCCAUUCAAAAACUGUUCGUCUUAAUUAAGACACAAUAACACGCCGAAUAAAUACUAAUUCAGAAGUCAAACAACAAAAAUCAGGGUUAUAUUUUC